CCGUGUAACCGGAACUACGCAUGUACAGGAAGUAGACGGCCUGCUCUCCUUUGUAAUCACCGACGGACAGUUUUAACGUCCACACAGAGUUAUUUAACGGAAACCUUACCGACACAGCGAGCGUUUCAGACGGACCGUAAGGGGGGUGGUUUGAGUCCGGUCGGGUCGAGAUGUCCGUUCUUACCGUCAGAGCUCUGCACGAGCAGCUCGGCGUCAUCAUGGGCGCGUUGACCAAAGCGGCGGUGCUGGAGAUCUGCGGGCUGGUGGAGGACGGCUACGCGGUGCUGCAGAUGGAGAUCAGCCGCAGCCACAAGGAGAACGAGGACCUGAGGAAGAAGCUGCACCUCAUCGAGUCCAUAGUGGUCCGCGGGAGCAGCGGGGGGAAGACGGCGGAACCGGAGGGAGCUCCCACCGAGGAGGCGGAAACACCAGCCGCUCCCGGGGGAGACGCGGCAGGAGCGGCAGGAGGAGACGCGGCAGGAGCGCUGCGGGAGGAGCUUCCAGAUGUGGUGCUGAUCAAAGAUGAAGACUCUGACAGCAGCGAAACGUUCGAAGAAGAUUACAGGACACCGUCUGAUGGAGGGAUGUCUGCAAACAGAGACGGCGUCACGUCCUCUCCCGCCGGCCGGAGCUUGAAGAGAGUCUGGCCGGGAAGCGAAGAGCCGGGCAGGACGCUGUCCUCCGAUCAGCUCGCACCGAAAACCUCACACGCGAGCGCAGGGACGCAGAAGAGGAGCGCGUCCGUCUACUCCCUGGACUCCCCUCGCAGCGAGCCCGGCUGCUCCGUCCAGCUCGGCGGGGACAAGAUGGAGGCCGGCGACACGGUCUGCUCCUUCUCGUCACAGAUGGACCCGGACGUCCAGCUGGUCCUCCAGGAGUGCUCGAUGGUCCCUCCGAGCGCUAACAGACCGACGGUGUACUUUGGGAACGGCUCCCUGAUGGAGGCUCAUUCUCCGACCAACAGGGCCGAGCUCGACCUCAGCGUGACGUGGACCAAACAGUCGAAGAGUCACAUGACCUUUGCUCCUUUUCACCAGAACGAGAACGUGGACGGUGACGCUUUUGGUCUCAAGCUGGUCAGCGUCUCCGGCUCGACCUCCACCGACUGCCAGCUGUCCGAGGGCAGCAACUCUGCGUUUGAGUACGAAGACGGUGCCGACAUGGUGAACUACGCCCUCUACAGGGAGCAGCCGGGUCAGACGGGCGCCGGCCCCCGGGGAAAACGCUUCGUCUGCUCCGUCUGCAACGGGACCUACGCCACGGCUCAGAACCUCGCGGUUCACAUGCGGAUCCACACGGGCCAGAGGCCGUUCAGCUGCGACCAGUGCGGCAAGAAGUUCACCCAGUCGGCUCACCUGAAGUCACACAUGAGCGUUCACACGGGCGAGCGGCCGUACGCCUGCUCGCACUGCUCCAGGAGCUUCGUCAUCAAGUACAGCCUGAAGUUACACAUGAGGAAAUGUCACCCCGACGUCCCGAGCGACUGAGCGCAUGGAGGCGCCGUGUGCUGUAAAUAGUUUUUUAAAGGAAGGACAGUUUGUGCAGAGAGAAAAUCAAAAUCUGAUGCUUUUAAAAUUCUAAAACGUGCUUUCACUUUUUGUCUCUUUAUAAUCACACAAGUUAAUAUUUUAAUCCGCCAAUGAAACGAUAGAAACGUGACUGUUUUGAUCGUCUUGAACGACAUGCGACUGUUCAAGUUUCUGUAAUAAAAAAAGGAAAUGUCGUUUCCUGUUUGUUAUUUUCCAGUUUUAUGAUGCGACAGAGCAGACGUUUGAGGAAGACAUCUUAGGACAAACGAUGAACCCACAAAUAAAAACAUUUCUUGUUAAACCACCUGAGAAACAUCAUUCUGCGUUGAAGCCCAGAUCAAAGUGAUCCAGAUUUUGUAAUCCCUGUUUUUGCUAUCUCAGAUAAAAGUGAUCUUGUAGGUUUUGUCCUGGUUUUUCAGAUCGGAUCAUUUUGAUCCAGAUACCACAAGAUCAGGAUUACAGAAUCUAGAUUUGCAGUCGUUGAAUAUGCCAGCAUCUGUCAGUCAAAGUAAUACAUUUCAUUAACACGGUAUGUGAUGUUACACAAAUGGACUUUUUUUUUUUACAUAUUCUGGUAUUUUAGGUCAUGUACUUCCUGCUAUGUUAUUUUUUUACCUGCCCAGGGACAACAGAUGCAAAUGAGCUAUUAGCACACUGGUGAAUUAAAAUGUCAUUUUGCAUUGCCCCGGUAAAAAUAAACAAUAAAUAAAUACAUAAAGUCAAACAAAAUACUUUUUUGUCAGCAGAUGAAAGUUUGCUUCAACAGAGGGAAACAAAGCUUUGUAUCCGCCUCUUAGAGAAGAGAGGCUGAAAGAUGCAGCAUUUCAGUUUCUGAGGAAGAAAUGUCAAAUUAUUGUUUUUGCAUCUAGUUUUUCUAAUUCUAGCUGAAAAUAUUUUAAUAUAGUUUAUUUAAUUUAAAAUGGAUAUUGUUUUGGUUUGGUCUGUGUUGCUUUACGAUGCAAGCAGAGAAUAAAAGAAUGAUUAAAUAUG